AUGGUUGCUAAGAAUUUCAAUAGAAAUCAAAUUGCCAUUGGAGGAAGGAACAACUAUAUUGGUCAGAACAAUAAGAAGGAGCGUCCUCAGUGUAGCCACUGUGGUCUUCUUGGCUACAAAAUUGACAAAUGCUACCAAGUGCACGGAUAUCCACCAGGAUAUAAGAUCAGGAACAAGAAUCCUGUGAUUCAUGGAGUUGCAAAUCAAGUGGAAUCCGCUCCUGAUGCCACUAGUAAUCUUGCACAAUUCCCCUUCACUAAGAACCAGUAUCAACAGCUGCUGGCUUUGAUUCAACCUACUGAUGAAACACAUCUGCCAUUCACAAGUACCCGUACCACUAAUCCUCAGAAUCCUGGCACCUCUGGUUCACAGGGCCAUGCCCUAGCAAAUCUGGCAGGACCUAUGCUCAUGGACGACGAUUGGUCUGGCUAA